AUUCUGUACAAAAUCAAUUCUGAAAAUCAGAGAAACACACAAUUUAGGUCUGUUGUUGUUCUUCCAUGGAGUUCAAUUGACGAAGCACGGCGGCGAACGGCCGCGUUUCUGCGGAGGUUUUUGCCCCGAGGACGAAAAUUUCAAACUACACAGAAGCUUCCUCUUACACGAUUAUGAUCAAGCAGAGAUUUCUGCUGUCCAAAUUUGUUAGAAGACGAACGUUCAGCAGUUGCCCAUUGCCAUUUGAGCCCAAAACGACGUCGUUUUCUUCUUCACCAUCCCAAAUCACCCAAAAAGAUUUGUGCUUUUCGUUAGCGGACCAGCUGAUGAGCCGGGGCUUAGUUUCUUCAGCUCAGAAAGUGAUUCAAAGGCUUAUCUCUCAAUGCUCUUCCGCUCCAGAAGCAACCUCGGCCGCUGAGUUCGCCAUUGCAAGAGGUAUGGACCUUGGUUUUGGCGGUUAUGUUUGUCUUAUUCGAAAACUUGUGAUUUCCGGUGAUGCCCUAACGGCAGAGUCACUGUACAUGGAUUGCAUAGUGGGGCAAGGCCUCGAACCAGAUCGUAAUUUGUUGAAUUCUAUGAUCAUCUGUUACUCUAAGCUCGGUAAGUUAGAUCUGGCGAAAUCUUGUUUCGAUAGCGUUAUCAAAUUGGGGUUUACACCUUGGGUUGGUGCAUGCAAUGCUAUAAUCAAAGGGUUUUCUGAGCAGGAUAGAUUCUUGGAGGCUUACGAUUGUUUUCGUCAAAUUGGUGGUGCUUGUGAUACUGUACUCCAUUUUUCUUGUUACAAUAGGCUGGUUAAUGGAUUGUCUCGUAGAGGGUUCUUAGACGAGGGGAUUUAUGUUUUCGGUGUGAUGAAAAAUAACGGGGUGUUGCCUACUGUUCAUAUGUGCAAAUCAUUGAUUAUUGGCUUUUGUAAAUGGGGUCGUGUUGAACAAGCCGAGAUUUUGUGUACAGAAAUUGAAUCUAAUGGUUUUGUAGUGGAUAAAUACUUGUACACUUAUCUUAUCAAUUCAUAUUGCAAAGUAAGGAAAAUCGAAAUGGCGAUGAGAUUGUUUAUGAGGAUGCUAGAAAUGGGCUACGAGGCUGAUAAUUAUACUUAUAAUACAUUGAUUCAUGGAUUCUUUAACUUGGGUUUGUUUUCCAGAGGCUGGGCGUUGUGUAAUAAGAUGGUGAGGUCUUGUUUGAAACCCGAUUUAGUUACGUACCAAAUCAUGCUUAGUAAGUACUGCAAAGACCGGAAAGUUGACCGUGCAUUAGAGCUCUUGGAUUACAUGCUUCGGUGCAAUAUUCCUCCCAAUGUGCACUGUUAUACUGUCGUACUAGCUGCACUAUGUACGGAACGAAAGUUUAAGGAACUUUAUAGUUUGUAUCAUAAGAUGUUGGAUAAUGGAGUUGUUCCUGAUCAUGUUUUCUUCUUCAUCUUUGCCAAGAACCAUCCGAUAGGGGAUCCAUUAUAUUUCGCCCAAACAAUUUUGCAAGCCAUCGCAAAAGAAUCUUGCAGUUUCGACGUUUUCUUUACGAGGCCUAAAUCUACGAGGGGUGCAAUUCUUGAAAUCGAGCGUCUUCUGGAGGAGAUAGUAAAAGGCAACUCUGUUUCGGCAGAUAAGGCUUUUAGUAUAUACAUAAUAGCUUUAUGUAUAGCGGGAAAACUGGAUUCUGCUCUGCAUUGUCUUGAAAAAAUGAAGAAUCUUUGCAUGUUGCCUUUGCCCACCGCUUUGAAUUCCUUGGUUAAGUUACUUGCACAAGAAGGAAAUGUCGACGCUGCUGAAUCUUUAAUUGAAGUUUUGCAGGAGCAGGGGCUAGUACCGAAGCAGUCGACUUUCGCGAUUAUAGUGAACGAGCACUGUAUAAAGGGUGACGUGGCAUCGGCCAUAGAUGUUCUUGAUAAAAUUGAAGAAAUGGGAAUUGGGGCAAAUAUUUCUGUGUACAACUCGAUUAUUGGUUGUUUAGGACGACAGAAAAUGAUGCGUGAGGCGGAAAAGUUUUACUACAGAAUGCGCGAGCAUGGUAUAGAUCCAGAUGAAACCCUUUUCGUCACUAUGAUUAACGCGUAUUCAAAUAACGGAUGGGUGAACGAAGCCCGUGAAUUCUUCAAGAAAAUGACGGAACACAAUCUUAGGCCGAAUUCCCGUGCUUAUACAGCACUUAUAACCGGGCUGGUUAAGAAAAAUAUGACGGAGAAAAGCUGUUUGUACCUCAAUAAAAUGAUGAAAGAUGGUUUCAUGCCGAAUGCCGUUCUUUAUACCUCCCUUGUUAAGCAGUUCUUGAGGAAGAGGGAGUUCGAGUUCGCGUUCAGAUUGGUUGACUUGAUGAAGAAAAGUCAACUCGAGCAAGAUUUGGUCACGUAUAUCACAAUAGUCAGCGGUGUGUCUAGAAAUAUCCGCCGGUUCGACAGAAAACGGUACCUAUCGAGGACAAAUUUGGACAAGGGUAAAAAUUUGCUGUUUCAUUUACUGCACGAGAAAGCAAUUUUGCUGAAUCGAAAGAGUUUGCAAGUCCUCGUCACUUGUGAGGAAGAAAUGAAAUCAGCUGUCCUGCAAGUGAUUGAGCAGAUUAAAAAGGUUCCGUACAUGCCAGACUUGCACCUCCACAACGGCAUAAUAUUCGGAAUCUGCUUCGCGCAGAGCAUGCAUGCAGCUUACGAGCAUCUCAAUCUGAUGAGAAAAGAAGGCGUGGAGCCCAAUCGAGUGACGUACACUAUCUUGAUCGAUGGGCACAUUCAGAUCGGGGAACUCCAUCUUGCUGUGGGAUUGUUUAACGAGAUGAACGCAAACGGUUUUCCUCCGGAUAGAAUGCUCUUCAACACUUUGAUUAGAGGCUUCUGUAAGGUUGGGAAGGUUUUUGAUGCGUUAACUCUGUCGCAUAUGAUGCAGAAACGAGGGUUUUUGCCUUCGAAGGGUUCUUACGAGAAAAUUCUGGGUUCUCUGUGCGCUAACGAUUCGGGCUUUUAUGCGUUGAAGAUUUAUGAAGAGAUGAUUUCGCAUGACUAUACUCCGUGCCGCUAUCACCGUCAGUGGCUGAAUUCGAUCUCGCAUGAAGAUAAGCAAGAGUUCCUUUUUGCCUUGGUUGCGGUUAUAUGGCAAAACAUCGUUUUUAUUUCUAAUCCGAUAUGAUACGAGGAGAAGAAGUGACGGCCUAAUCGAGGGUGGGGAUCAGAUAUCUUAAUCUGGCUGAAGUGCUCCGAUGAUUUCCGCUUGAAAUUACGAAAUCGAGAAUUUCUGCCUUGGUUUGAAAAAUCACCCUCUGAUUUGGAGAUUGUGCAGCCAGAAAUCAACUUCAAGUUAACAUGUAUAUAUAUUGUAUAAUAUAUUAUAUAUGUAUAUAUAUUUCUGUAGUAUUUACAUAUCCAUGUUCUUCACAAAAGCCAUAUAUAAACUUUUAUUACAUUAUCCCAUGAUUAAAAAUUCUCUUUCUUUGUCAUGAAGACUGUUUAAGUAUUUAUGAAGGAAAUUUGAACAAUUUUAAUUUCAGAGAAUUCAAUUAUUAUACAGAAAGAAUAAUGAACCAAAAGAAUUGCAGAAU